ACAAAUGCUCCACUGGCACAGCGCAAAAAGCCCUAGUCAACACCACACUCGGUACUACAAAAUAAUGGACAUGGGGAAAAUUGCCUGGAUUAUAGGGGCUUUAUUCUGUACUCAGCCGUGGAACAACUGUGCCCAGGUGUUUGAACUCGCACCCAUAGCUUGUAACGACAAGAGCGUGGAGAAACUGUCUCGACUUGCGAUUACUUACAUAAACGAAGACAGAACCACGGGUUAUAAAUUUGCGCUUAACAGGAUCUCCAACGUCCAUCUGCAUGCGCAGGGCCCAGCUGGGAAUGUCUACUACUUGGAUUUAGACGUGUUGGAGACCAGGUGUUACAUUAGGAAUCCCAAACCUUGGAAACACUGCACUGUUAGGCCCUUCAUGGAAACACGAAUCUCAGGGAACUGCAACACCACGGUUCUCCACACGCCGGAGGGCUUCUCCUAUCUCUACAGCUACGACUGUACUCUGGUUCCAGACCCUCCAGAGAAGCUUCUCCAGACAUGCCCAGACUGCCCCCUGCUGCUGCCUGUGGACAGCCCCCAGGCCCAGGCAGCUGCCAAGAUGACGCUGGCCAUACACAACGCCCAGAGCACCCUGCCCUCCCCGCUGGCUCUGCUCAGUGUGACCCGUGCUGCGGCAAAGAAUGCACCUGUGCCGGCUACCUUUGUGGAAUAUACGGUCGUGGCGUGCCCUGAGGGGCACAUGCACUUGGGAGGGGACACGUGUGUGCCAACCUCCACGGACCACAAGCCGACAGGGUUCUGUACGGGCUCUGUGUACGGACAUCUGCAGAGCCAAGCUGGCGUCCAGACUUCCUGUGAAACAUUCAAAGCACAGGUGGGUGAUGUGCAAAGACCCAUCGAACCACAAGUUCACAAUGUCAUCCCCGUCCAAACAGCACAGCGGCCCUACCCAUCUAAACCCAAACCAGCCCCUACCAUCCCUUUUCUCCCCACCCCAGUCCCCCAUGUCCCCUUUGACCCCUACCCAGCACCCCCUCUGCCCUUGGACCCCUACCCAGCGCCCCCUGCCCCAGAGACACCCGCCCGUUUAAACCCCUCACUCGUGGCCAACCCCAGCCCUCCCUUGACCUCCUCUGAAUCCUCCGAAUCCUCCGAAUCCUCGGAGUCAGACUCCUCCGAGGAGCUAGGUGGCGCUGUGGUUUGUCGACCGUCCAACUUCCGCUACCGGCCCCGGCGUAGGAGACGCCAGGCUCUUGUGACGUCCAAACCACCCCAUACCCCGGUGUUCCUGUCCCUGUUCCCCACUGGCCCCUCCCCCUUCCGCUCCUGCCCCGGCCCCUCCCGUUACACCACACUCUAACUUCCUCCCCCCCUGAGGGUGUAGUUGAGGUUGGUUGACUAGUCUGGAAGCUGGCUGCAUAUGUUUGUUUGAUAAAUCCAUAUCACGUCUAUUAUGAUGUUGGCUUGAUCCCCGAUAAAGGGCUACUUACUUUGGGGAGCAGAUAUACUGGCCUGAUGUAAACAGUGCUUGAAUAAAUGGCAUGAGUUCUAGUUGUUGUGUGAUAAAAGUUGUUGUGUGUCUUCACCUAUGUGUGUUUUUUAGCAUUUUCUUGACUUCCUUGAUAUUCUUCUGGCAUCAUCUGUGUUCUGGUUCAGAAUGUUAGUUAAAGUUAAAAUAUAAU